AUGGAGAAGGAUUUCAUUGAACCCAAGUCGGAACCCUCGUUCGGCGACGCUCCUCCUCUCUACGGCGAAUCCGAAGCAACCAAAGGCAGCUUUGGCCAGCGGAUUAUCGAUAGUUUCAAGAGAGAUCCUAAUGCUCGUGCCUCGUCGCACCAUGAACCUGGUCACGAUGGGAAGACCUUCGACAUCGAAAAUGCUGCUCAGAACACUGCUAGUUCUCCACUGGCACGCAAGCUCAAAGGUCGCCACCUUCAGAUGAUCGCGAUUGGUGGUUCAAUUGGUACUGGUCUUUUCGUCGGAUCUGGAAGUGUCCUGGCGGCCGGUGGCCCAGCCUCGGUCCUGAUCGCAUAUGCUCUGAUCGGCUGCAUGCUUUACUGUACUGUGCACGCGCUUGGUGAAAUGGCCGUUCUUUUCCCUGUUGCUGGUUCGUUCUCGCAUUAUUCCACCCGGUUCAUCGAUCCCGCUUGGGGCUUCGCCAUGGGUUGGAAUUAUCUGCUGCAGUGGCUCGUGACCCUCCCCACCGAAAUUGUCGCCGCUUCGUUAACUGUCGACUACUGGGAAUCGGGCAUCUCCAAUGCUGCCUGGGUCGCUAUUUUUUGGACUGUCAUUGUGUGCAUCAAUAUGUUCGGUGUUAAGGGUUAUGGUGAAGCCGAGUUCGUGUUUUCCAUAAUCAAGGUCACCGCCGUAGUUGGCUUCAUCAUCCUCGGUAUCAUCCUGACUUGUGGCGGCGGGCCCCAUGGUGGAUACAUCGGUGGAAGGUAUUGGCACGACCCAGGCGCCUUUCACAAUGGCUUCAAGGGUCUUUGUAGUGUUUUUGUGAAUGCUGCAUUUGCGUUCGCUGGUACUGAGCUGGUUGGCCUGGCCGCCGCGGAGACCGCUAAUCCUAGGAAAUCGCUCCCCACCGCCGUCAAGCAGGUGUUCUGGCGUAUCACCCUCUUCUACAUUGUGUCUCUUACCUUGGUCGGCCUCCUUGUCCCCUACACCGAUUCCCGUCUCCUCGAUGGUUCAUCUAGCGCCGAUGCCAAAGCGUCUCCGUUCGUCAUCUCCAUUGUGAACGCGGGAAUUUCUGGAUUGCCUUCGGUGAUGAACGUUGUCAUCAUGAUUGCUGUGCUCUCAGUCGGCAAUGCAGCUGUCUACGGCUCUUCGAGAACUCUGGCGGCUCUGGCUGAGCAACAGCAGGCCCCAAAAAUUUUCGCCUACAUCGAUCGCAAGGGCCGGCCUCUUCCGGCUCUCAUUGUUGCCUCGGCGUUUGGUUUGCUUGGAUUCCUGGCCGCUUCCGAUAAGGAGGGUGAAGCCUUCACAUGGAUGAUGGCCAUCUCAGGUCUCUCCUCCAUCUUCACCUGGGGGUCAAUCUGCCUGUGUCACAUUCGCUUCCGUCGCGCUUGGAAACUGCAAGGGCACAGCCUCGACGAGCUGGCCUUCACGUCCCAGCCUGGUGUGAUUGGUUCCUGGAUCGGACUCAUCUUCAACUGCCUCGUUCUGAUUGCUCAGUUUUGGGUUGGCUUUGCGCCCAGCGGAUAUAGUGAAAUGUCGGCUUCGGCAUUAGUUUCCAACUUCUUCUCCGACUACCUGGCUGCGCCGGUCGUGCUGGCCUUCUACAUCCCCUACAAGCUUUGGUUCAAGACCCCCUUCAUCCGGGCCAAGGACAUGGAUCUCCAUACCGGGCGUCGCGAUCUCGAUAUCCAAGCGCUCAUCGAAGAAGAAAAGGCAGAACAGGCGGCCUGGCCUGCGUGGAAGAAGGUGUGGAAAUUCUUCUGCUAA